GUCUAGUUGAGGACAACCGGUGCGUGCUGCGAUGCGCAGAGUGCGCGUGUGGUGGAGCGGCGGGGGCGAGGCCGAGACGUCGUUCGAGGUGAGCGUGCGGCUGGUGACGCAGGCGAGCAGCCGGUGCGCCACCGCGCCGCCCACCGAGCGCCAGUUCCACUGCGCGGACUUCGCCACGGCGCACGACUGCACCAGGCACUGCGCGCAGGGCGUCGGCGCGGCCAGGCCCAGAAAAGGUGACGCGGUGGCGAAGGCAGCCGACGUGGACAGCACGUGCACGUGGCGCAGCAUUGGCCCCUCGCGGCCGCAGGCGCACGCCAACUUCACCACGUGCACUCCCGACGUGCUCACGUGCCCAGACGGCGAGUGCGACGAGCUGGAACGCGAGAACAAAUUUCUGUGCCCUCAGGACUGCGUUUGGAAGGACGACAACGACAUGCACAUGGCAUACAACGCGCACGGCCAGGGCAUCGCCAUGGCGCCGGGCAUCUGCUCGUGCUCGCUGCCGCACAAGUGCGUGUGCCUGCACGAGCCGCCCACUCCCCCCGCGCCGCCCGCUCCGCCC